AGCAAAUGGACAUUGCAAAAUCGAAAGGUCCUGAUGAAUUAUUAAAUUGGGAAGACAUUCAAAAGAUGAAAUUAUCAUGGAAUGUAGCUUGUGAAGUGUUGAGACUUGCACCACCUGUUCAAGGUGCUUUCAGAGAUGUCUUGACUGAUUUCAUGUACGAAGGCUUCUAUAUCCCAAAGGGUUGGAAGAUAUAUUGGAGCACCCACUCGACUCAUAAAAAUCCAGAAUAUUUCUCGGAACCAUAUAAAUUCGAUCCAUCGAGAUUUGAAGGAAGAGGACCAGCGCCUUACACAUUUGUACCAUUUGGAGGAGGGCCAAGGAUGUGCCCUGGAAAAGAGUAUGCUCGUUUGGAAAUAUUGGUAUUCAUGCACAACCUUGUCAAGAGGUUCAAGUGGGAGAAAUUGAUUCCCAAUGAGAAGAUUGUUGUUAAUCCCAUGCCCAUCCCGGAGAAGGGUCUUCCCAUUCAACUAUUUCCUUAUUAAUUAAAUUAAAAAUUUAAAUACAUUGGCUCCGCUCAACUUGACUCAACUCAAUAAAGUCUCUAUCUUUGAUGAUUCUAUCACAAACAUUUCUCUAGCUGUACAUAAGCCUAGCUUGUACCUAAGCUUUUUCUUUUUUUUACCUUUCUUUCUUGUAUUUGUCCUUAUUUUAUUUACCUUAUGUAGUUUUGUUAUUAUUUUUUUUUGAAA